AUGGAUUCCAAGCCUGAGCAGCUUCACUUCAUCUUAAUCCCCUUAAUGUCCCAAAGCCACAUAAUUCCCCUAACAGAUUUCGCCAAGAUACUCGCCCUCCGCGGCGCGUGCGUCUCAAUCAUCACCACGCCCCUCAACGCGGCCCGAUACGACGGCGUGGCCCAACACGCGGCGGCCCACAACCUCAAGAUCCAUAUGAUACCCAUCGAAUUCCCGGGCCGGGCUGUCGGGCUGCCCGACGGCUGCGAGAACAUGGACGGUCUCAACUCCCUGGACAUGUCCAGGGAAUUCUUCCGGGCCUGCCAGAUGCUCCAGGGCCCACUUGAGUCCAUAAUCCAGGGCCUGAGCUCAAAGCCCAGCUGCAUCGUCUCCACCAACGCCAUCCCCUGGACUCAGAAGGUCGCCGACAAAUUCAAAAUCCCGAGGUACAAUUUCGAAACGGUGUCGUGUUUCACCCUCCUCUGCUCAAGGAGGAUUGAGGGGAGCGCCGUUCCCGAGCGAGGCUCGUUUCCGGUCCCAAACAUACCCCACGAUAUCGAACUCACCGCGGCCCAGCUGCCAAUGGGCCAAAAAGAGGGCCCGAACGGCAUGCAGGACGUCCUCGACGAGAUCAAGUGGGCUCGGGACUCGGCCCGUGGCACCCUGGUGAACACUUUCCACGAGCUCGAGCCAUGGUACUUCGAGAACUACCGGGCCUUAGUCGGGAACUUAUGGUGCGUGGGGCCCGUCUCCCUCUGCAACGUGGGGGUCGACGAGAAGUCGACCCGCGGCGACCGGGCCGGGUACGGGCCCGGGCCCGAUUGCCUCGCGUGGCUCGAGGCCAUGGGCCCGAGGUCGGUAGUGUACGCAUGCUUCGGGAGCCUCUGCCGAAUACGGGCCGAGCAGACGAAGGAGAUCGGGCUGGGCCUCGAGCGUUCGGGCCUCUCGGAAGAGGUCGAGCGGUGGCUAGGGGAAAAGGGUGGUUUCGAAGAGAGGGUGAGGGGUAGGGGGCUCGUGGUCAGGGGGUGGGCCCCACAGGUGCUGAUCCUGUCCCACCCCUCGGUCGGGGCCUUCCUGACGCACUGCGGGUGGAACUCGACGCUCGAGGGGGUCUGCGCGGGUGUGCCGAUGGUGACGUGGCCGAUGUUCGCCGAGCAGUUUUAUAACGAGAAGUUUGUGGUGGGAGUGCUCGGGGUCGGGGUCAGGGUCGGGGUCGAGACCGGCGGGGAGUGGGUCGGGUGGGAUCGGGUGAGGAGCGCGGUGGAGGAAGUGAUGGACGGGGGAGAGGAAGGGGUCGGGAGGCCGGGAGGAUGGCGAGGGAUGCGGUUGGGGAAGGGGGCUCGUCUAGUUUGA